ACGGCUGAUCGACACAAGAUGGCGGACGUUCCUUCGUCUGUAAACUGCUUCUGUUUUACCGCGGGAAGCCGCUGAAUAAAUGAUGAUGACGUGAUGAAUUAAAGAUGGAGGAUGAAUAAAUGAUGCUCUCAGACAUGUUUUUGUGUUGUCACGUGACGAAUCCGCAGAGCAGCUCGCGGCGGACAACCAGACAGCGCGAGGACACAGGCUGAUGAUGUGCGAGACCGGGACUCAAACCUGAUUGGUCGUCUCUGUCUCCCUGCAGACACUCUGACCUUGAACCUGAUUGGUUGCUGACAUCAUGCAUGAGCUGUCGUCUUCGACACCGGUGACUCUGAUGACCAACGGGAGUUCAGUGGCGUGCAUGCCACCGUAUGACGACGGCCGCCUGCCGCUGGUGCUGCUGUACAGCACAGUGCUGGUUGUUGGGGUGCCGGCUAACCUGCUGACCGUCUACCUCACCUGGCUGCAGGUGCGCAGGAAGAACGUGCUGGGCAUUUACCUGUGGAGCCUGUCUGUGUGCGACCUCACCUACCUGUUCACGCUGCCUCUGUGGGCGCACUACGUCAGCCGCGGUCACCUGUGGCCGUGGAGCUCGGCCAUCUGUAAGCUAACAGGCUACAUCUUCUUCAACAACAUGUACAUCAGCAUCUUCCUGCUCUGCUGCAUCUCCUGCGACCGCUACGUGGCCGUGGUCUACAGCGUGGAAUCCCGGGGUCUGCGGCGGCAGCGCCAUGCUGUCCUCAUCGCCCUCGCCAUCGUCCUGGUGGUCGCCCUCGGUCACAUCCCUGUCUUUACCAUGAGGGAGGGCGCCGAGGGCGACCAGCGCUGCUUCGAGCCCAGUCAGAGCAGCCUCACGGUGACGAGCUUCAACUACGCCCGCUUCGUGGUCGGCUUCCUGAUCCCGCUGCUGCUGCUGGCAGCAACAAACCGCGGCAUCCGGGCCAACGUGCAGCGUAGCACGGGGCUGCCGCGGGAGCAGAAGGACCGUGUCCGCAGGCUGGCGGUGGCUGUGGUGGUCCUGUUCCUGGUCUGCUUCGCCCCGUACCACCUGAUCCUGCUGGUCAGGGCCUUCAUGUUCCACUUCCCCCAGGACGGCGCCUGUCUGUUUGAGAAGAACAUGUACACACCCUACACCAUCUCCCUCGGCCUGUCCACUGUCAACAGCGCUGUCAACCCCAUCCUCUACGUCCUGUCCAGCAACAACAUCCGCAAAGAGCUGAGCCGAGGCCUCGCGCUGAGCUGCAGCCGAGCGCAGCUGAGGACCCAGUCCGACAGCAGCCAGAACAAGAUUCAGCCCACCAAGAACUCAGAGCUGAAUGCAGCAGCCAACUCUGAGAGGCACUGAGGAGAGAAACCACCAGGGACCUGACAGACCCUGCCAGAGUCUCCAGUCCCACAGACUCUGAUGGACUUUAAUGGACUCUUUGGGACUCUGUUGGACUCUGAUUUUGGUCUUACAGUCGGAACGGUUGCAGAUUUAAAGAUGAACAGUUUGUCCUGAAGGUGGCGCUAGAAGAAACAUGGAGUCACUAAGAUCUACAGGCUCCAUCCACUAGAGACCAGGACCUGUAAAAACCUGGAUACCAGGACUAUAAAAACCUGGAGACUAGGACCUGUAAAUACCUGGAGACCAGGACCAGGACCUGUAAAAACCUGGAGACCAGGACCAGGACCGUAAAAGCCUGGAGACCAGGACCAGGACCGUAAAAACCUGGAGACCAGGACCAGGACCUGUAAAAACCUGGAGACUAGGACCUGUAAAUACCUUGAGACCAGGACCAGGUUCCUGUAAAAACCUGGAGACUAGGACCUGUAAAAAUGGAGACCAGGACCAGGACCUGUAAAAACCUGGAGACCAGAACCAGGACCACAUAAACCGGGAGACUAGGACCAGGACCUGUAAAAAACUGGAUACCAGGACCAGGACCGUAAAAACCCGGAGACUAGGACCUGUAAAAACCUGGAGACCAGGACUAGGACCGUAAAAACCUGGAGAGUAGGACCUGUAAAUACCUGGAGACUAGGACCAGGACCAGGACUGUAAAAACCUGGAGACUAGGACCAGGACUGUAAAAACCUGGAGACCAGGACCAGGACUGUAAAAACCUGUAAAUCUUUUUCUCUGUUGUUUUGUUGUUGAUGAAAACUGUUUCCACUGUUUUUAUUAAAAAGAUUCUCGGUGUCGUUCAUCCACAGCUGCUCUGGGACACGUCCAGAUCACCGUGGUAACCGAUGCUGCAGGUUAAGCUCAGAGGGAAACAGGGACAGUAGAGUUCACAGUAAAGAGCAGUAGAUUCCAGUGUCAGUAUAAUCAGGUCGUUGUCAUCAGAAACAGCAGUAAAGUUCAGGUGUCUCUCUGUUUCCUGUCGUGGUGGAGAGGACUUCCUGUCUGCAUGGAUUUCUCUGCUGAGCUGCUUCCUGUCACUUCGCUAUCAUGUUGCUGCCAAAUCAACGAACCUGUGGUUUCCAUGGUAACAUCAGGUGGUUCAACCAGAGGUGACAGAACAUCUGAAACUCAUUUCAUUCAAAAGAAAAGUCUGUGGUUCAGGUUGGAGUUUAAUCUGAGAUGUUUGUUGUUCCACAGAUUAAACAUGUUCAGAUCAA